UCUCUCGAGCUCUCUCACCAAACUCUCUCUUUGCUUCGCUUGAUCCUUCGCUCUCUCUCUCUCUCUCUCUAGAAACCCUAGAAAUCGUUGGCGCCAUUAGCGCAGUCAUCGUCCGGGGUCGACGAGUGCGGGGGGUCCGUGUAGGAGUCGUUGAUCGCGCGAUCCGAAGCCCCCGCGUUCUCUAUCUCUCUGAAGUCUUGAGUACAAGUGAAGGUUGAUCGCGCGCAUGGCGGCGCUUGAUUCGUUAUGAUUGGGCAGGACCAGCUGGUGGUUAGAAAAUAUAUCCUUCUUGAUUGUAAAUACCAUUUGUGAGUUACUUUUUCCUUUGUGGAGGUAGCUCCUCUUCUGGUAUUUUAGCAAUCAUGGGAGCUAAUUGUUGUGUGGCUGCAAGGGAUAAACCCUUGCCAUAUCAAACAAGAUUUGAAGCUCCUAUCCGUAGGAAUGUUAGACACUCACCUUCUUGGAGUUUUCGAUGGGAUAAUAGAACUCAUAUAGAGGAUAUCAUGGACAAUUCUACUCAUUUUUCUCACCACAAUAGUGGGAAUAUCGGGUCUGAAAUCAAGAGUGGGGAGGAGACUGAAACUGAAGGGCUUUCAGAUGGGGGAAGCCCGCUGGAUGUUUUCCGGGCAUCCAAGUGGAGAAAGGCUGCUGUCAAAACUGAAACUUCUGGUCAUGUGAAAGUUGGUGGUGCAGAUCUUUCCACUGAAAGCAAUUUGUCGACUGAGGACAAGUACUCUCCCAAAUCAUCAGGAGUUGCUAGUGCUUCGGAUAGCAAGCCCUCUCUCUAUAUUCCUUCAACUCCUUCACCAUCUGCACACAGACCUGAUCCUUCAUCCUCCAGAAGCCGUUCCCUUCCCUCUGAGGCUACAUCAUCAAGGAAGGUACGUGGUUCUCCAGGCUGUCAGCUCGCAAGACAAGUAUCUGACAGUAGGAUUCCAAACCUCAAGUCUCUGAAUGAGAACAGCUCUCCUGAAGAUAGGCAGUCCUUUGUACUCUCAGUCUGCAGUAAUGACCUGUCAGCUGGAGGAUCUCAAGGUGGUUCCUCUGAUGGGUGGUCCAUGAGAAUGUUCUCUGAGCUAGUGGCAUCUUCUCAGAGGGAGAGAUGGUCCUUCGACAGGGAGAACCCAAACUCAAACAGCAUCAAGGUAGCAGCACAAUCAAAUAACCAACCUUCAACUUCUCUUUCCACUGAGCUACAAUCAUGCGGGGUUUGCCUGAAGCUUUUAAAGGAUAGAUCUCCAUGGACGGUGCAGAAACUAGUAGCUAGCAAUGAGAUUGCUGUAGUUGCAGUUUUGGUUUGUGGUCACGUCUACCAUGCAGAGUGCUUGGAAAGUUUAACCACUGAUGCUGAUAGAUAUGACCCCCCAUGCCCAGUAUGCACACUUGGGGAAAAAUGCGGUUCAAAGCUAUUGGCAAAAGCCGAAUCAAAAGCUCGAAGCAAGAUCUCCAAAACUGCGGUGGCUGAUGCUGAUGUUGAUCGGAUAUCCGAGCGCCAAAAAAGUGGGAAGUUUCCACGAUUAGGAGCAAGUUCCAGCAUGAAGAAUGCCUUCAGCCGGCCUUUCUUGAGACGGCACUUCUCUCUCGGGUCAAGACCGCCAGUGAGGUCAGUAUCAGAGACUGAGUCUUCCUCAAGGAAGAAGGGAUUCUGGGCAAAAGCAAGGUAUUGGAGGGAAUGAAACUAGCUUCCCACCAUUGUUCUGUAAAAGAAACAGCCAAGAUUGCAUAAGAUGGAUCUAGAUACGACUUCCGGUUUUCGCAACAAAGUGUGCAACAUCCGGUUUCAUUGGAUUCUGGCAAGUGCAUUGAGGUAGUAGAACUCGCAAGAGUCGAGGUUCCUAAGAUGGUGGCUACUUGGCUUACGUAGCCAUCAUAAUACAUCUAGUUUGGUCUUGAAACCCUGAAAAUCAGACUACUCUCAAGUCUGGAUUCAGUAUAAUCUACAUUCUAAAACAUAUAUAUUAGGGUUAUUUGUCAACCGGAGUUAUAAUACUCUGCAAGUAUCACGAAAGCUUGAUUUCGGCUCCGUGUUGGAUUACAUUCCCAGACACAUCUGUUCACUACUUUUUUUUUUUCUUUUUCUUUUGAUAGUAAUUGUAGCUUCAUUGUUCUUACUAAUAUAAUUUUCUUAUUUGAUAGUAUGGAAGUUGUAAUAUGAGACAUUAGCUAGGCAGGUGAUGAUUCACUGUCAUUGCAGUUCUGCCAUCUCGGUAGAUCAUGUAUUCCAGCUUUUCCUUGUUGUUUGCUUGAAUGAUAGCAACAGCCAGAAAUGCCUUUUUAGUUCA